UUUAUCAAUGGCUUGCCUCUUAUUUAAAGAGUAUAUAAACAGUAGAUACAGAGACUGAGAAAAGAAGAAGAAGAAAGAAUGAUGGCAGCCAGAUGCUCUGUUCCGUCCAAAGAGGUUCAGCUCUUUCAGACCUUCACCGGCCUUCAACACCUCGCCGAAACGCGUCGUUUCAAGGCAUGGUUCUUAGAUCAAUUUGGAGUACUUCACGAUGGCAAAAAACCUUAUCCUGGUGCAAUUUUAACAUUAGAAAAGUUAGCAAUGACUGGUAGCAAGAUGGUGAUUAUAAGUAACUCCUCAAGACGUGCAUCAACCACUAUGGAAAAGAUGAAGAGCCUUGGUUUUGAUCCCUCUCUCUUUGUAGGAGCCAUUACCAGUGGAGAAUUAACACAUCAAUACUUGCAAAGGAGAGAUGAUGCUUGGUUUGCAGCUCUUGGAAGAUCUUGCAUCCAUAUGACAUGGAGUGACCGGGGUGCUAUAUCUCUUGAGGGCCUAGACUUACAAGUUGUAGAGGAUGUUGGAGAAGCUGAAUUUGUUUUGGUGCAUGGCACUGAAGCCAUGGGGACACCUUCUGGUACUGCAAUUCCCAUGAAACUUGAGGACCUUGAGAAAACAUUGGAGCAUUGUGCUGCUAAAAGAAUUCCAAUGGUGGUGGCUAAUCCCGAUUUUGUGACUGUUGAGGCGAGAGCUUUGCGUGUAAUGCCUGGUACACUAGCGGCCAAAUAUGAAAAGCUUGGUGGUGAAGUGAAAUGGAUGGGGAAGCCUGAUAAGAUAAUCUACGAAGCAGCUAUGGCCAUGUCUGAUGUGGAUGUUUCUGAUUCUAUUGCUGUGGGUGACUCUCUCCAUCAUGACAUCAAGGGUGCAAAUGCUGCUGGAAUCCAGUCAGCUUUUAUCACUGGUGGGAUCCAUGCAAAUGAACUUGGACUUGUUGGUUUUGGAGAAGCUGCAGACUUAUCUUCUGUGCAAGCUCUUGCAUCCAAAUAUGAUGCAUAUCCUUCAUAUGUGUUACCUGCAUUUACAUGGUAGAAGCUGAUCUUGAAAUUGAAGAUGUGGAAGAAGCAACAAAAGUAUCCCUGUUAUUGAUAGCAAAUGCUAUUUAUACAUUCAAGUUUUACUAUAGAACAUUGUGGUGUUUGGAGUGGGAUGGGCGAUGCUGAGAACAUUGUAUGAUACUGAUAUGCUUCAAUUUUGAAGAAGAAAACUAAUCUCAUUGGAAUAAGGGGUGGAAUGUGGUUCCUUCGUGCAUUAUGUGGAAUAUUUGGAGGAAAAGAACGCUUGAGAGGCAAGAACUUUCUCGGAUGAGAGAAUAAAUUCUGGUUUUGUCAGUACUUUAUUUUGUGGACUCUGAAUUUUUAUAUUCUUUGUAUUGAUUUUUUCCCCUCAUAAUGGCAGGAAAGUGUAUACCUGUAUACUUAAACUGUGAUCCAAAAUCGUUGUACAAUUAUUCUUAAUUAAUUGCAAUUACUAUUAUU